AUGUCACAACGACGAGGAAUAAGUGUGCAAGAUAAAAAGACUUUAUUAAAAAGCUUUGAUUCGCUGCCUAAUGCCUCCCUAAUGUCGCAACGGGAAGCAGCACUACGCUUAAAUAUUUCACAAGCUACACUUAGUAGAGUAUUGAAAAAUCGUUAUGAAAUAGAAAGUGCCUCCUCCUCAGAUGAAAAUCUCAGCCGUAAAAGGAAAAAAUCUGGUAAAGAUGAAGAUGUAGAAAAAGUCUUAAAAAAAUGGUUUGUGAAAGUGAGAGAAAAAAAGGCUCCAAUAAAUGGUCCAUUAUUAAAAAUCAAAGCUGAAACUUUGGCGGAGAAGUUGGGUAAGAAAAAUUUUAAGGCUACCGAUGGAUGGUUAUCACGCUGGCGCAGCCGAGAAAACAUUGUUUACCGCAAGAUACAUGGCGAGCAAGGCGAGGCUGAUACGAUAGGAGCGAAUCACUGGUUAACCAAUGAAUGGCCGAAAUUACAUAAAGAGUACAGACCAAAUGAUAUUUUUAAUGCAGAUGAGACUGGUUUAUAUUUUCGUGCUUUACCAGAGCACACGUACGCUUUAAAAUCUGAAAAUACGAAUGAAUUUAAAAUUAGCAAGCAGCGUAUUACAGUAUUGUGUUGUGCCAGCAUGUCAGAUAGAGAACAAAAUGUCAUAGCCAAUGACAUUGCCAAGAAGACAUCUUUGCUAGACGGAUUGCAUCAAGUGAAUCAAGCUUGGUCUUACGUGUCCAGCGAAACAAUAAAAAAUUGUUAUAGAAAGGCUGGAUUCGUGAAAGACGCCAAAGACAUUCCGAGCAACGUUAGCAACGUCGAUUCAAUUGAAAUUUAUCCACAAGACAUGCCGAACGAAGAAUUCGAUGAGUGGAUAAAUAUUGACGAAAAUUUACAAACAUCUGUAAAACCAACGGACGAUGAUAUAUGCCAAGAAGCAAUUCAAACCGAAUCAGAAGAUGAAGAUGAUGAUAAUUUUGAACCUGCACCUACCAGCACUGAAAUGUUUAACGCACUACAAGCUGCAGCAUGUGAUGUUGGUGAUGAGUCGUGA